UAUAAAUAUUUGAAUGAGGAUGUCAAAUGGCAAGCGUCCUAGUUCUCUGAUUUGGCCCUUGAUGAACCAAGAAGAACGACUUUUUUCUUUUGAACGGUAAAGAAGGACUUUGUUUCCGCUGUUUUACGAAGCAAAAUUUUUAGCUUUUCAAGUAUUCUCCUUUUACAGCAUACCCAGAAAUUUUCUUGAGAAAAUUUGCAAGAAAAUUGAAUAUGGGAAAUAGGAUUGAAUUAUUUAAUCUAGAAAAGCACUUUGCUUUUUAUGGUGCAUAUCAUAGCAACCCAACAAACAUAGUAAUUCACAUGUUAUUUGUUUGGCCAAUCUUCUUCACUGCAAUUCUCCUUCUUGACUUCACUCCUUCUCUGUUUAAUCUCCCUCAUAUUAAUUUCUCUCUGUUUGGAGUCCAUGUUUCGUUGAUUUUCAACUUUGGGUUCUUGUUUGCUUUCGUCUACGCUGUGUUUUACAUGUGUUUGGAUGUCAAAGCUGGAACCUUGGCUGCCUUACUUUGCGGGGUUUGUUGGAUUGUUAGCAGCGUUCUUGCAACUCGACUUGGCUUUUCUCUUGCUUGGAAGGUCGUUCUUGCGGUUCAACUUUUCUGCUGGAUUGGACAGUUCAUUGGCCAUGGGGUCUUUGAGAAACGAGCACCAGCUUUAUUGGAUAACCUUGUUCAAGCCUUUAUAAUGGCUCCCUUCUUUGUGCUGUUUGAGGCUCUUCAAACCUUCUUUGGUUAUGAACCGUACCCUGGGUUUCAUGCAAUUGUUCAAGCAAAGAUCGAAACUGAAAUCAAUGAAUGGAAAGAAAAGAAGCAGAAAUUACUUAAUUAGAUACUGCAUCCAUUGACAUUAGCUUGCAGGUGAUUUCUUUGAGUAGAAAAUGAGAACAAACUCAUAAUAUACAUUUAAUGUUUCAUUCUACAAAUCGUGACUCAAAGCACAUGAAGUGACAGUUCAUCAGCUUGUAGCUACAAUGAAUAUGUUCACAUGAAAUGGCUAUAAUAGCCACUCUUUUUUAUCCCUGAUUUGCCAGAGUUGGAAGGAUUUGCAUGUUGAAACAGAUUUACAUGCUGUUUUGGAGCUUGUUUGAAAUCGAUCGUUACUGCAACAUAUGUUAUCUAUCUAUUUAUUAGUUAUUCAGCCGUUAAA